AUGCCUCGAAACUCUGGUUUUGCAGUUGACGAGGCGGCAUUGCUGAGCAAGUAUCGAAUCUCGACACUGACUCCGAAACGAUGGGAGGAGGUCGACCACGAACUGGCAGGGCAGGUCUCGGGCUCGCUGUCGACUGGCUCGGGUAGCAAUACAACGGAGGAUGAUCCGCUAGGCUUGGGCCGACGGAUCGAUCUAUCGAAUAUGGACAUGGCUACAAAAGCACAGAUACUCCUCUCCUCCAAAUCUUUUGAUCCAAAGGCAUUUCUCUCGAUUGUCCACCCGAAUGCGACGUACCAGGAUUUGGCUGCUGGUAUUCAACUCCUUCGUUCGAAUCUUGACGCGCGAUCAGAAGCCAUUCGUGUACUUGUCGAAGAGAAUUUCGAUCGCUUUGUCGCCGUGAAAGCAUCUACAGACGCUGUUCACGCUGAAAUGCGGGAAGGACUACUGGAAGAAUCAACCGACUUUGCUACAAAAACAGUGAGAGAACAACUCAAGGGCUGCGCCCAAAAAGCAGAUCAGGUCUAUCUCCCCGUAUUAGAGAGUGCAUCGAAAGCCCAAAAGCUGAGAUCGACUCUUGGCGUCUUUGAACGGUCUAAAUUCUUUUUCAACCUUCCAGGAUCGUUGAUGGAAUUUAUUGAAGCGGGAAAAUAUGAAGCAACUCUUCGAGAUUAUAAGAAGGGCAAAUUUUUGUUGGAGUCACGUCCACAACAAUUGUUGCCGGAGUCUUCACGUUCCAGGGAUACUAAUGGGUCUACAGCAUCUGCAUCCGAUGCCCGUGCACAACAGAAACGCAUACUUGAUAAAGUCUGGGCUGCUGUGGAGCGUGUCAUGGGCGAAAUGAAGAACAAACUUCUAGCACAGCUAGGGGAUUCUACUCGUUCUGUGGAGGAACAAGAGAAGACCAUCGAAAUUCUCCUUGAACUGAGUACGCAAGAUGACGCAACCUGGGUGUACUUGGACGCGCAGCAUAAACAUGUGACAGAUCGACUGAACGAAAUGUACAAGACCGCAUGUGCUAAUAUUGAAGAUGUAAAACGACGAAUCGAGCCAGCACCGCUGGAUGCCAGUGCGAUAGUCAAUGUCAUCGUACCACAACUGCGUACGGGGAUCGUUUCAAUUGAUACGAAGCAACCAGAAUCUGUUAUCGCUCAAGCAACUGGACACGAGAUAUGGGAGGCUACUCUGGAUAUGGUCAAAAGCGUAUCCGAAACCCUGCUUUCUUCCCUUCCAAACUUUUGGAGGAUAGCCAAGGGUUACAUGGACGGGAAAUUUAGGAAGAGUGCUGAAAGAGGAACACGACGUAGUCCGAUGCAGUGUCGCUUAAUGGCAUCCGACGUUAUCCGCCUCUAUAUCUCGCUCAUCUCACAGUUCUUUACACUGUCAGACGUUGCAGUCUCUUCACCUGACCUGGAUGGAACUGCGGGUGGAGCAACAACCCCAUUCCCGCCCUUUGUCCCCCAGAGAGCACAUGCACUGACAACCGCACACUACCUUACACGCGUGCUUGCAGAGAUCCAGGAAUGUGUGAAUGAGAUCGUUGCUAUGGACGUAUCCUCGGAUGCAAACUCUGGCAUGAAGAAUUUCCUUGAGAGUGCGCGAUGGCGUUUUGAAGCGGCUUUGACCAACGUCUGGAAAAGAGAUUCAAGUCUGUUCCAUCACCUCGAAACAUGGACCCCCGAUCCAAGAAACGAGUCUACUACUCAGUACCUCAAUCUAAUGCAAACCUUCCAGAGACAGCUCACUACAGAAGCUUUCAAGAUUGCCGGAGGAAUUGAUCUAACUACAUCUACAACGAAACCGCUAAGACAGCAUCGUGUUCCAGCCAACUUCAUUGCGAGAAUCACGAAAUCCUUCCUUGAUUCGUUAUAUGCUUUUCUAGACGGCCUUGUGCUAUUAGCAUCGGAAGACACAGAGUAUAAAAAGCCGAUUAGUGGCCCAGAGGUGCUCUCUGGGACCCUCGGACCGCGUGCAGAGACUAUAGAUUUGGCAAAUCCAGAAACACGGCUUCUGAUUGUCGUCUCGAAUUUCGGACAUUUGAAGAGUACUUUAAUUCCGAGCAUGAUUAACCAGCUUGAACGAGCGUUUGGGACGAAUGUAGACACUGAUAAGAUAACUCUCACCCAGGUCGUCCAGGAACUUGAUCAUAACCUGUUCGAUACCUACCUGAAACCUAAGGCAGCGGCAAUUACUGCGAUAGUGCGCAAAGGCGUCCUUAGCCCAGACAUAGAUUGGUAUGAGUCGCCAAGACCUACAGAGAUCCGGCCUUAUAUGUUUGACAUCCUUAUGUUCCUGGUCCAAGUCCAUGCACACGUUGCGGCUGUGUCCAAAUCAUUGCUAGAGCGAACUCUUAAUGCGCUUGUGGAGGAAGUUGCCGAAGAGGCAUUACGGUGUUUCAGACAAGUGAAGAAAUUCGGAAUGGGCGGCAUGCUUCGGGCUACCCUUGAGAUUGAGUUCUUCCACCAGACAGCCUCCCGCUUCGUCACUACAGCUGCAGAGAAGAAGCUCUCUGAAGUAUACAACAAAAUUUCGCAAGCAUACGUUCGACGACCAGGUGAUGAUAUGAAAAGCCAACUUGAAGGGGUGAAGAAGACUCUCGCAGAUACGCGGCGCGCGACACAGAUUGAAUUCCUUUGCUUCCGGAAAGAAAAGGAUAAAUCCGCGAAGGCUUCAGCGAAUACGAGUACUGCAAGUACCGGUGCUGUAGGUGGUACUGAUGACGCUGCAUUAGGAAAGGGAAGAGAGGAAGGGAGAGAGCGGCGCCGGCGCCAAGCCCCAACGACCUCGAAGGCUGAGACGCCUAUCAGGUCUGCCGACACUAGAAUUUGA